CAACAGCAGACAGACUCGCUGUCCUCUCUCCUACUGAGCUUAAAGAUUCCUGUCUGUAGGCAGGGGUAUUAGGAGAUUAAUCACAGGGCUACUUUGCAUUGUUUUCCAUCAACAGAAUUUGGCUUAGCCAAAACAGCGCUGUGUCUAUGGAGACCGCUUUAAGUAAUGUCUGUGUCUGAAUCACUUGUGUACACAGGCUUUUGUAGUAGCCUGUGUGUAGGAGCCAUUUCUCUUGAAACACAUUGCCUGUUAGUGAACACAGGAAAGGGGGGAAACAAAUUAAGGAGGAGUGUAAAGAACGCCCUCAUCUGACCAGGGUCCCUCCUACUUCCUCACAGUCUAAACCAGAGCCCCACAGAUCUCUGCCUAACUGCCUAUGGGUGAGUUGACAUCACCAGCUAAAAGUCCGGUGCUACACACACAGCAUUUAUUCACCUUUCAUUGUCCUGAUGACAUGCUUGGAAUGUGAUGGUAGAGUUCUUGUGGAGAAAUGCCAACUCUGAACUUGGAGUGGAUCCUGUACUAUGGCAAACAUGUUAGACAUGGACUCUCCUGUAGUUCAUCUAGAAUAGUGGGUAAGUUUGGGUUGGUGUCUAAGUUGUUUAGAGUGCAAAUGUUUCUGCUGGUAUAAAAUGUACUGCAGUCAGAAAUAUGUUUCUUGGUUGAUAUCCUAGCUCAUGGUGAGAUUUACUGUAUAUAUAAAAACUUCAGGCAAAAGAUGGAAAGGAUAGUUCCCAAGACAACUUUGCAUUCAGUGUGGAGAGAUUCCUCACAUGGACACGCACAGCAUACAAGAGACCGCUCAGUGGGGGUUCAAUCAAACUUUCAGUCACAUUUUGUUUUCUCAGUCUUGAUUUCAGCAGCAAGGAUGGAAAACAGCAAGGGAGUUUUUGGCAGUUUUUCCUCGUGUACUAGAUCGUUCAGUGUGCUGCAGCUCUUUGCCAAAUUAAGUGUGCGAGCCAUGGCUAUCUGAGCCAGAAAGAAUUAGUGGAGGGUUCAGUGUCUGAUCUGACCCAUCAUUGUUCCCUGUGACACAGAAUCAUGUGUUUUUUUAAUUAAUCCUUCCUUAUCCUGAUCAUCCUUUAUGCAGUAAAAUAAACGGAUCCAGAGGAAAUCAGGCUAACAUCUAUCAGGUUUAUUCAUUGGGAAUAUGAGAGAAUCACUUAUAUUCAUCCCUUUUGAUAAAUAUGAUUGAAUACAUCCCAAAGAGUAUGUAGCAGCAGCAAAUAUCAGUAGUCAUGUCUUGUAAAUAAAUAGUAUCUUAGUGUUUAAGUUUCAUGGCAGCUUACUAUAUUGUGUUCAAUCACUCCUGUCAUGUGAGACCAAUUCUCUAUGGUUUGACAUUUCUGUAGAAAUUCAAAAAAUGAUUGUGCUACAAAGUAUCAAGCUUGGCUGAAGUGAAUGAUGUUUAAAUUAUAUUUUUCUUUGUGAAAGAUUACAUUACAGAAUAAUACGCCGUAUAAAAUUACUUCUAGGAUGAACAGUUUACACAUCCUUAUUGGUAAAAAAAAAAAUGUUCUCUUGCCAGAUUGAAGAGGUUGCUGGAGAAUGAGAAAGCCUACCGGGUCCGUAAAGAGAAGGAGAACACCAAGCGUCUGGAGAAGGUGAGGGAGGAGCUGGUCAAACUGAAGUCCUUUGCCCUGAUGCUGGUGGACGAGCGGCAACUCCACCUGGAGCAGAUGGACCAGCAGAGCCAGAGCGUCCAGGAGCUGACCCAGCAGCUGUCCCAGAGGGAGCAGGACCUGAGCAACGCCAGUGCCCGGGCCCAGGAGGACAGACAGAGGGCCCUGAGCUUGGAGGGCGAGCUGAGUGAGUGCCAGGCCAAGUUUACCCAGGAGCAGGAGGAGAUUACAGCCAAGCUGGCCAGCCAGGAGUCCCAGAACCGCCUGUUGGAUGUCAAGCUGUCUGGACUCACCCACACGCUGGAGGAGCUGGAGGAGAGCAACAGGGCUCUGAGGAGGUCAGAGGAGGAGCGCAAUGGGGCUCUGAAGAGGUCAGAGGACAAGCUGGAGGAGAGCAACGGGGCUCUGAGGAGGUCAAAGGAGGAGCUGGAGGAGAGCAAAUGGGCUCUGGGGAGGUCAAAGGAGGAGCUGGAGGAGAGCAACGGGGCUCUGAGGACGUCAAAGGAGGAGCUGGACGAGCUGAGGGACAAGAUCAGCAAAGGGGAUUGUGGGAACUCUAACCUAAUGACUGAACUGGAGAACCUCCGCAAACGGGUAUUUGAGAUGGAAGGGCAGGACGAGGAGAUCACCAAGGCAGAGGCCCAGUGCAGGGAGCUGAGGAAGAGGUUGCAGGAGGAAGAGAGCCGAGGGAAAGAACUCAAACUGCAAGUGGAGAAGCUCCAGAGGAGAAUGGUGGAACUGGAGAGACUAGAGGGGGCGUUCAAUGCAAGCAAGGCGGAGAGCUUCCAGUUACACGCCACUCUGGAGAGAGAGAAGGCCGUGUCAAAGGAGCUUGCCGACGAACUGGUGGCCAUUAAGAUACGCAUGAAAGAGAUGGAAUCCUCUGAGCUGAGACUGGAAAAGACUGAGCAGGGCCUUAAAGAUGACCUGGCAAAGCUGAAAUCAUUCACUAUGGUAAUGGUUGAUGAGAAAAAUAAUAUGAUGGAGAGAAUGCUGUUAGAGGAGAAGAAGAGGGAUGAUCUGAGUAAGAUGUUCAAAGUGGAGCAGGUCAAGGUCAUGGAGGUGACUGAGAGAUUGAUAGAGGAGAGUAAAAAGCUCCUGAAGUUGAAAUCAGAGAUGGAGGCCAAGGUUGGGACCCUCACCAGAGAGAAAGGAGAGCUUAGCACUAAGCUCACAUGUGAAAUGGAAAAGAGCAAGGAUCUGAGCUCCAAAGUCAUCCAAAUGAACAAGAGGUCAGAUGGAUUGCAGGAGGCAGAAAAUAUAUCCACAAAUAACAUAGCAAAGAGGGAACUGGGAAGCUUGUCAGAUGGGAGUUCGAAAGAGGACAACAGGGUGAAGGAGCUAACGUUUGAAAUAGAGCGGUUGAAAAACCGUCUCAAGCAGCUGGAGGUUGUGGAGGGAGAUUUGAUAAAGACAGAGGAUCAGUAUGACCUGCUGGAGAAAAAGUUAAUGACGGAGCAAGACAAGGCCAACAUUCUCUCCCAGCAGGUGGAGGAGAUGAGGAGUCAGAUCGCCAGGACUAAAGCAAUAAAGAAUGGAGAGAUGGAGAGCCAGGGGGCAGACCUACGACAGCGCUGCAGGACAGAGAACGCCAACACCAGAGACUUGCAGAAUGACAUGGUAGCCCUCAAGGAGAAGAUCCAUGAGCUGAUGCACAAAGAAGACCAGCUCUCUCAACUCCAAGUGGACUACUCCUUCCUCCAGCAGAGGUUCCUAGAGGAAGAGGAGAAGAAGAACAACAUGAGCAUUGAGGUCCUCCACCUCACCAAAGAGCUGGAGGUGACCAAGCGCCACAGCCGCGCUCUACGACCCAGUCUGAACGGGAGGAGGAUGGUGGACAUUGCCAUGGCGUCCACAGGAGUUCAGACUGAUGCGCUGGCCAAUGAGACGGCAGAAGAGGACACCCCAGCCGUGUUCAUCAGGAAGUCCGUCCAGGAAGAGAAUCACAUCAUGAGUAAUCUUCGACAGAAGGGUCUCAAGAAACCCACAGAGAAAGCUGGUGGUCAUGAACGCUACUCACCCUCUGUUGCCGCUGACCUCAGCAUGAAGAAGUCCUGGAUUCCCUGGAUGAGGAAGAGGGAAAUCAUCCCUCAGGGUGGUAAUCUGGACAAGUCUGUCCAUGUCAACAGUGAAUCCAUGCAUUCUGAUCUGGCCAUGUCCCAGAAGCAAGGGCAGCCUUUACGCAUCAGAGUGACCCCAGACCACGAGAACAGCACGGCUACCUUGGAGAUCAGCAGUCCUUCUACUGAGGACCUCUAUUCCAGCUCCAGCCUCAGACUCAGUCCCACCCUCCAGGGCCACCAGAAGCCUCGGAUCACUAUCAUUCCCACCCACACCGCCGCAGCUUCAAGGGGAAAAGCCAGUGCCAGGCCAGGGGGACCAGAGAGGUCCAAGUCCCCGGUCACCGUCACCACCAUCUCCAGGGCCAAGUCACCAGAGAUCAGCAAGGCCUCCUCCUCAUCAGGAAGACCCAUAUCACCCAUAUCCAUCAUGACAGUUAGCGCUUCUAUGGUGUCCAACAUGUCCACCUCCCCAGAGCCCCAGGAGAUGACCAUGGGCCGGGCCGUGUUCAAGGUGACCCCUGAGAAACAGAUGGUCCCCACACCGAUCAGGAAGUACAAUUCCAAUGCCAGUAUCAUCACCACCACAGAGGACAACAAGAUUCACAUCCACCUGCACGGCUCCCAGUUCAAUAAGGGCCCCUCGGAGGGUCACAGCAACACAGGACCCAAGGUGGUGGUUAGGCCUGUCGGCAUGGCAACAGAGUGUAGCAGAGAGAUGAUGUUAUCCACAGGCACGGUGUUGCGCUCCCCUCGCCAUAGUGCCACUGCUGUCAAAACCACACCCAGUAAAGUGAUGAGCAGCAUCACCAUCACUGCAGUCACGUCCACCCCUGCCAGACCAACACAAGCUGUGCCCGGGCAUGAUGCCCACCCACCCCGGGCAGGGCUCACCCGUAUCCCCAUGUCCAAGGGCCUGAAGACAGGCAAAGCUAUGUUGGGAGCCCUGGGGAUGUCUGGAGGAAUGAGGCUGGAGCAGAGAGCAGAAAGCCAGUCCAUGAGGAUAGAGCUGAAGAAAUCCACAAUCAGCAGCACAACAGCCUUUCAAAAUGGAGGGAAAAGCUGUUAGAGCCAGAGACACUAACAGGGAACAGAAGUCAAACAAGCUGCCAACCCAUAGUAAUGUUCUAUGGGUCAAAGGAGCCUGAGUUGAUCAUUGUGUUCUUGUCUAACUGAAAACAGUACACAUAUCUAAUAUAUUAUAUUUUUUGAAACUAUUUAUAUUCUGUUCUCAGUGUUUGUAAUGUGGAUGAAAUCAACUGAACUGCGUUGUUUGAUAACCGCUGACAUGUGUGCAUGUUGUAAGGGGAGAGGCCGUGUGUGUUGUCAGGUAGUUCUGCUAUUAACUGCUUCAUGUACUCAUUAGGGGACUGCUUCACCUAGUGAGCUUUUCAUUAUGCAUUUUUGUACUGCAUUUAAUAUGGAGGCCAUAUCAUUUGGUUUGCAGCAAAUUAAAUGUGUCCUUUUUAUGUAAAGGUUUUUAAAUAACCAUUUUUUUUGUGAAAGAUGACCUACAGAAUAUUGUUAUGAGAAUACAUGCAACUUUGAGUGGACAAUGUUAAUGUUCUCUAACAUUAUUUUGGAUGCAUUCUUUGGGCAAGGCAUCAGUUGAACCAGACUCACUAUAGUAAUUCAUUCAUCUCACAUUCAUUUACUGACUAUGCAGUGUUUGUAUUGACUUGCUGUGUGUUAUGAAAUUGGAAAAUAUAUAAAUUGGAAAAUAAAUCAAAACAAAUGGCCGUAUACAUCAAUGCUUCUGCUGUGAUACACUAGAGAGCCAAAUUGUCACAGUCAUCUUUCAGUUGUGGAGCGCUCACUUGCCAUAAAGCAAUUAAAAUCAA